AUGCAACAGAACACCUUUUCAUAGAAAAAUAUUAAAUCUUCAAAAAAUAGUAAAAAUCAUCAUUAUUAUGCUUACAUACCUAUUAAGGGAAAUACUAAUUUUUAAGAAUAAGAAAAAAUUAAUUUAUCCAAUGAGUCUGCCAUGUCAUAAAAAACUAUUUCAAAUAAUAGCUACACUGUCUAAAUAAAUGAUGCAUAUUAUAAGAAACCUUCGAUUAUUUUUAGAGAACUUAGAAGUAUUUCAAAUUAGAGUCAAAAUAAUACAAUCAAUGAUAUUCCUUAAGGUUUUAUAUUUCGAAUAAAAUCAAAGAAUCACAUAUAGAAUGAGCCUCUUAUAGCAGAAAGUUUUGAAUAAAAAGAAAAGGAUAGAAAAGGUAAAGAUUUAGCUAAAGUGUUAAGGGAUAUGAAAAAGAAGCGACAAGAAUUUACAUAGAAAGAAUAGUUUAAACCAAAAUCUCCUAUUCCUCUAUUAAAAAAUUAAAAUAAUAAGACUUAAGAAGAUUAAUAAAUAGAGAAAAGUCCUAGUUAUGUGAAAAAAUUACCUAAAAUAUUGAAGAAGUAAACUCCUAUAAUAAUAGAAGUCUUAGAACAAUAUGAACCUUUAAGUAAAUCAAGUAGACUAUAAGGAAAUGGUAUUGGAGAAGAUCCUUUUUAAGUAAAGCUUGUGAAAUAUUAUUAAUUUUUAUUCAAAUUCUAAUGUAGUCACUUAUUUUAUGUAAAAUAAUCAUUGGUGAGAUGUUAAAGCUAUUUUAUUGAGGAGAUUAAUGAAAAUGAAAGUAUUAUCAAAGAAUUAAUGAGAAAAAGAUGGUGGUGGUGUGAAUCUAUAGAAAAAACAGAUGAUGUAUAAUUUUAUUGGUCCUAAAGAUCUAAUUCCUAAUUCUUAUAAAGAUAAAAAAUGAGAGUCUUAUUUGAUUAAAGUUAGAGUAAGGUUGUAGAUCCAUUUAAUUAAGAAAACUAUGAAGAAUAAAUAAAAUUUGCAAUAGAACAUAAACUAGCUAUGAUUUAACCGAAUGGUAGAUUACAUAAUCACAUAGAAAUUAAUUAAUUGAUUGGAUUUAAGAAAAAUUUUAUAAAAUUUUUACAAUCAUAUGCUAAAUUAUUAAAUUAAGAUCCAUUUCAGAAUUAUCCUUAUUCUAUUAUUAUAACAAGUUAAAAAGAUUCUAAGUUGAAUUAAUUUUUAAUAGAACAUAAAAAUGAAAAUUCUUUAUGGAUAGUAAAGCCUGGAGAAUGGGCAAAUAAUGGAUAAUUUAUGAAGAUCUGUUAAAAUGGAAGAUAGGUUUAUGAUUUUAUAAUAUCUGAAUAUAAAAAUCAAGAUCAUAAUUUUGAAACUUUAGUAAUAUAAGAAUAUAUAAAGCCAUUAUUGUAUUAUAAAAGGAAAUUUGAUUUAUAUACGUAUUUGUUAAUAAGUUAAAUAAAUGGAGUUGUGAGAGUUUAUUUUUAUGAUGAGGUAUAUGGAAGAACUAGUAGUAAAGAAUAUAAUGAAAGUGAUUUAGAUUUCUUAAUACAUUUUACAAAUAGUUAAAUAUAAAAGGAAUCUAAAGGAUUUUAAUUUUAUGAAGCAGGAAAUAAGUUGUCAAUAGAUAAAUUAUAAGAGUUUUUCAUUUAAUUUAAAAUAAAUUUUAAAUAAAAUAUGAUUCCUUAAUUAAAAAUGAUAGCAACUUAAGCUAUAAGAUCAGUGUUUACAAAUUUAGUAGUGAAAGAUCAUAACUUUGAAGUAUUAAUAAAUAGUUAUAAAGAUUAUAGGUUUGAAUUAUAUCAUUGAUUAAUAAUUAAAACCUUGGUUAGUAGAAUUGAAUUUAAAUCCAAGUUUUAGUGCUGAUAGUUAAUAUCAUCAAAAAGUAAUAACUCAAAUGUUAGAUAAUGCAUUGUAUUUGACUAUAGAUUUGAUAUAUCCACCACCAUAAGGAUGGCCAACAAACAAAAAAUAGUUAAUAGAUAAAUUUAGUUUAUAAAAUAAAUUUUAAGUAAUAAUAGAUUCAAGAUUUGAUUCAGAAAUGUUAAUAGAAUUAUUCGAAAAAAAGUGA